GCACGUUGGCUUCCCGCUUCCGCCCAGGUGAGAGCCGGCGGCCAUCGCUCCGCUCCGACCGCCUCCUCUUCCUCCUCCUCCUCCUCCUCCUCCUGGCCGCAGAUUAUUCUGAGUAAUUCCAAAAAUACCUUCCAACAUGCCUGAAAACCCUGCUGCAGAUAAACAGCAGGUGCUGCAGAUCAUUGACCGUCUGCAAGCAAAACUGCGUGAGAAAAGAGAUGUCCAACAUAAUGAGAACCUGUCUGUUUUGCGUAACACUCUCAGGAGCCCUUUGUUUAACCAGAUACUGACCCUCCAGCAAUCCAUCAAGCAACUGAAAGAUCAACUCAAUUACAUGCCACCUGACCGGUCAGUAGAUUUUGAUUUUACCAAGAGAGGACUGCUGGUGUUUGCUGACAAAUCAGUUAGUGCUGGAAAUGUGUGUAAACAGAGCAGUUUACCAGAGCCCAGAGCAUCUACCUUCAUUCCAAACCUGGGAGUUAACGAAUUUAAUGCAAUCAUCCAGCAGAUGGCAAAGGGGAGACAAAUAGAAUCAAUAAAGAUUGAAAAGCCUUCUGUUGGAGGUCUUGGAUUUAGUGUCGUUACCCUUAAAAAUCCCAGCUCAGGAGAAGUGGGUAUCUUUGUCAAGGAAGUUCAGCCAGGAAGCGUGGCUGACAGGGAUCAAAGACUAAAGGAAAAUGACCACAUACUGGCCAUUAAUUGCACCCCAUUGGAUCAGAACAUUUCUCAUCAGCACGCUAUUGCACUCCUCCAGCAAUCCACAGGAUCUUUACAUCUGGUUGUUGCUAGGGAGCCAGUUCAAGGCAACAGCAGAACUUCGCCUGUCUCACUGAGUGAUAUAAAUCCACCUGAGACUAUUCGUUGGGGCCACGUUGAGAACGUUGAGCUGAUUAACAAUGGCUCGGGAUUAGGCUUUGGAAUUGUAGGAGGAAAGUUGAGCGGUGUCGUUGUAAGAACGAUUGUUCCUGGAGGAUUAGCAGAUCGGGAUGGGAGGCUCCGGACAGGAGAUCACAUCUUACAGAUUGGAGGGACCAACGUGCAGGGAAUGACCAGUGAACAAGUUGCCCAAGUGCUGAGAAACUGUGGGAAUUCUGUCAGGAUGAUAGUUGCGAGAGACCCAAAGUGUGAAAUUACGGAGAGUCCCCCAGCUCCUGUGAGCUGGCCAGUCAGUGCACUACCUUCAUUUCAAAAUGGAAAUGAUAAUGCCAUUCGUUUUGAGACCCAUGAUGUUGAACUUAUUAAAAAGAACGGGCAAAGCCUGGGAAUAACAAUUGUUGGAUAUGCUGGUGCAGGCGAUGUGGCAGAAUCUUCAGGGAUUUUUGUGAAAAACAUCAUACCUGGUAGCGCUGCUGACCACAAUGGGCAGAUUCGCGUUCAUGACAAAAUUGUUGCUGUUGAUGGAGUUAAUAUACAGGAUUUUACCAACCAAGAAGUGGUAGAGGCAUUGCGUAACACAGGGCAGAUUGUACGCCUCACCUUACUCAGAAGGAGACCUUCUACCGUUUCUUCAGAAAGAUGUUCAGAUAACGUGCAGCCAAGUGUUCCAGCUUUAGCAUCCUCUGGAGCUUUAGGGACUGAAACUAGUGUGGACAGUAGGAAUGAGGAAAACCAAAAACUGAAGGAUAAUUUUCAAAAUGAAAAGAAGCAGAUUCUACAUAAAUCAGGAAGAGUCCCAUUCCCUCCAGCAUGUGAUCUGAAGUCCAAGUGGAAAAAUCUGCUGGGCCCUGAGUAUGAAGUUAUGGUUGUGAACGUGGAUAUGCCCAUUACAGAUGACUCGGAACUCCAGAAGUACUCAAAGCUAUUACCCAUCCAUACUUUGAGAUUAGGAGUUGAGCUCGACACAUUUGAUGGACAUCAUUACAUAUCAUCAAUUGCUUCAGAUGGUCCUGCUGCAACACUUGGUCUUCUGCAACUGGAGGAUGAACUUCUAGAGGUAAAUGGAGUUCAGCUGUAUGGAAAAUCACGCCGUGAGGCAAUCACUUUUCUAAAAGAAGUGCCACCUCCAUUUACAAUGGUUUGCUGUCGGCGACUUUUUGAUGAUGGCAGUGAGUCUCUCGUGGAUGAACCCACUGUGAGAGUUCCAUCUCCAGAACAGAAGGUGAAACCUGAGGAAGACAUUAAUCCUGAAGAAGAAGGGGAAUUAGCGUUAUGGUCUCCUGAGGUGAAAAUUAUUGAAUUGGAGAAAGACAAAAAUGGUUUAGGAUUCAGCAUUUUAGACUACCAGGAUCCUUUGGAUCCGACGAGAACAGCCAUUGUGAUCAGCUCUUUGGUGGCAGGAGGAGUAGCUGAACGUGGUGGUGAGCUUCUACCGGGUGACCGCUUGGUGUUUGUAAAUGAGAAAUAUUUAGACAGCACAACGUUAACGGAGGCAGUAGAGGUGUUGAAAUCUGUGCCCCCAGGAAGAGUUUCUCUUGGAAUCUGCAAACCGUUGGUGGGAGAAAGCAAAGUGGAGGAGAACAUGCAUAGUGCAGAUACCAGCAACAUGAAAACCAGCCCCGGAUCUCCAGAACCAAGAGACAAUAUCAAUUUCUCAAUAAUCCUUGAAGCACCACAGGGUUUCAGAGAUGAAACACCUUUUAAAGAAGAAGUUGUUGACGAACCAAUUUUGGACUUGGGAAGGUCGUUUCAGCUUUCUCAAAAUGACAAUGGAUAUGAGAAGGAGUCCUGGGAGAUGCGUGAAUUCUGGAAACCCAGAACAGAAGAAGUGGAUGAAGAACGGGAAAUGCUGGUGGAUGAUUAUGAAGAAGAUUUAGACUUCCUGGAAUAUAGCACAUCAGAUAGACAGAAGGCAGCUUCAGAGAAGAACCUGAAUACAGCAUGGGCAGAGCAACUUAAGACAGCUAAAAUACAAGACUUAAGAUCUAGUGCUAACUUAAGUCCAAAGCAGUCCCUGGAAUAUACAUUCAAUAGGGAGCAGAUGUAUCAAGAAAAUGCUAGUAUAACUUCACUAUCUUCUGGAACCACGGCACACAGUGACUACAAAAAAGGCCUAUUGGAUAGUGGAGCUACCCAGUCAGGAUCAAAAACCAAAAUGGAUUUAGGUACAAAGCUUCAGAUGGACUCUAAAGUACCUGGUCUUGCUGUUGACCUGGAAGGUGUUGAAAAGAAAGAAGAAGGGGAGGAUUAUAUGUUUUCCAAGAACCAAAAAUCUGUGAGAGUUACCACCUUAGCUCAGCCUAGAACAGUUUUGUACAGUGAACUACCUGAGAGAGAAGAAGGAGAAGGUGAAGAAACUCCAAACUUCAGCCACUGGGGACCACCUCGGACUGUUGAGAUCUUCAGAGAGCCUCAUGUGUCUCUUGGAAUAAGUAUUGUUGGUGGACAAACUGUCAUAAAGCGCCUGAAGAAUGGAGAGGAACUUAAAGGGAUCUUUAUCAAACAAGUUUUGGAAGACAGCCCAGCAGGAAGAACAAGAGCUUUAAAAACUGGAGAUAAAAUACUUGAGGUUUCUGGGGUAGAUCUACAAAAUGCCACACAUGAAGAAGCAGUAGAAGCCAUCAAGAAUGCAGGAAAUCCUGUUGUGUUUGUAGUUCAGAGUUUGUCUAACGUACCAAAAGUGGUUUCUGCCAUGCAUCCUAAGGGAAUCAAAGUCAGCAAAGAUCAAGAUGCAAACAAAGAAAACAAAAGUGAAAAGAGAAAGUAUGGGGCUCCACCUCCGAUGAAACUGCCACCUCCUUACAGAGCACUUGAAAGACUGCACUCGGAGGAAGCUAGCGUGGAUGAAGAGGAGGAGGAGGAUGCUUGUGCAGAGAAAAAAAUCAGGCAACGAUAUGCAGAUCUACCAGGAGAGCUGCACAUUAUUGAGCUUGAGAAAGACAAAAAUGGGCUUGGGCUGAGCCUUGCUGGCAACAAGGACCGAUCUCGUAUGAGCAUCUUUGUAGUUGGUAUCAAUCCAGAUGGACCUGCAGGACGGGAUGGAAGGAUGCAUAUUGGUGAUGAACUUCUAGAGAUAAACAAUCAGAUAUUGUAUGGAAGAAGUCAUCAGAAUGCUUCUGCAAUAAUUAAGACUGCCCCAUCAAAGGUCAAGCUCGUUUUCAUACGAAAUGAAGAUGCAGUCAAUCAGAUGGCUGUUACUCCUUUCCCAUUGCCUACCAGCACCCACCCUUCUAUUGAGGAUCACGGCUGCACUGAAACCCCAAGCAGUGAAGACGACCCAAGCUUGGACGUUGUCAUGAAAAGCCUGACCGAUGAGGAGUCCAACAAAGCUGAUGUGAAAUAUAAAGCUGACAAACCAGUGUUGGUGGAUCAGUCGGAAGUAGAGGAGCAGCUCCCAGAAAAUGUCCUUAAACAGAUCAAACAAUCCAAAUCUUCAGCAAAAGUACCAGUCAACUUGCAGGAGAUAUCCCUGGUGUCAGCACCUACUUAUCUUUCUCCGGACACAGAAAUCACAAACCGCAAUGUCUUACCACCUCCACUGCCUGUGGAUCCAGCGACAUGUCCUAUUGUUCCUGGACAGGAGAUGACUAUAGAGAUAUCUAAGGGUCGAUCAGGACUUGGACUCAGCAUUGUUGGAGGGAAAGACACUCCACUGGACGCCAUCGUGAUCCAUGAAGUUUAUGAAGAAGGGGCGGCAGCCAGGGAUGGCAGGCUGUGGGCCGGCGACCAGAUCCUUGAGGUGAACGGGAUCGAUCUGCGGAACGCCAACCACGAAGAAGCUAUCACUGCGCUGAGACAGACGCCUCAGAAGGUGCAAUUGGUUGUUUAUAGAGAUGAAGCUCAUUACAAAGAUGAAGAAAACUUAGAGAUUUUCCAUGUAGAUAUUCAGAAGAAAACAGGCCGAGGACUAGGGCUCAGCAUAGCCGGAAAACGAAAUGGAAGUGGAGUGUUUAUCUCUGACAUUGUUAAAGGAGGAGCUGCAGACCUAGAUGGAAGAUUAAUUCAAGGAGAUCAGAUUUUGUCUGUUAAUGGAGAGGAUAUGAGAAAUGCCUCACAAGAGACUGUUGCCACUAUACUUAAGUGUGCCCAAGGCCUGGUGCAUCUGGAGCUGGGGAGACUGCGAGCUGGAUCGUGGCUGUCAUCACGGAAAACAUCCCAAAACAGUCAGGUGAACCAACAGAGUACCCACAGCCACUUCCACCCCGCGCUCGCUCCGGUCCUCUCUACCUUGCAGAACUUUGUCAGCACAAAAAAAUCUUCAGCAGAUGUGUCUCAGAGAAACUCAGUAGGAGCAGAUACGGGCCCAAGGACUGUGGAGAUAACGAGGGGACCAAAUGAUGCUCUUGGUAUCAGCAUAGCAGGAGGGAAGGGAAGCCCAUUGGGAGAUAUUCCCAUCUUCAUUGCUAUGAUUCAGGCCAGUGGUGUGGCGGCACGGACCCAGAGACUCAGAGUUGGAGAUCGGAUUGUCAGUCUUAAUGGGCAACCUUUGGAUGGGCUGUCUCACGCAGAUGCUGUUAAUCUACUAAAGAAUGCUUAUGGGAGCAUUAUCCUGCAGGUUGUGGCUGAUACCAACAUCAGUGCCAUCGCUACCCAACUGGAGAGCAUGUCUGCAGGAUGUAACGUCAACUCUUCUUCUGAGCAUGCUUCUGAAGAUCCCGAUUCCAAGCAGGGCUCAUUAUUGCCUUUGUGAGGGAGCAGGAGCCACGGUAGCUGUGGGAGCGACCAAGGGCCAGGCUCGUGCCCGGGGCACAGGAUCGCUGCGGUCACAGAGAGCAUCACAUCACAGCUGCGCUACAGCCACUCACCGCGAUGGCUCCUGCCUGGGAAGGGUUCUGAGUGAGGGACAGCCAAAGAGGUGGCUCACGAGAGGCAUGCAGACAGCAAAGCCAGGGAGAUAAAAAGGGGAUUAAGGCGAAGGUGCAAAGCAACUGGUGUUGUGACUGGAGGAAUCCAUCUCGGCGCGCAGGAUGCCUGCUGGAGGAGCAUCUCUGCUGGGGGCAUCUCACAGCCUUUUGGAGAUGCCAUGGCACCACGGUUUGAACUCGUUGUGCUGCUGGGAAGGGCUCUCCUGCCCUGCUUGGUGGACUUAGUUGUCAGAGGGGACACAGUCCCUCCUUCAUCAAGGACAACCUCAACAUCGCCAGGAGCCGUCUUAGGGCUGAUUGAAUAUCUAGGCUAAUUCCCCCAAGAGAAGGGGAAGUUACACCUCUGUUUACGCCGAGAUUUUGUCAUCCUCACCAUGUGAGCUCGCUGUGUGCCACGAAGAGGAGCCAUCCCAGCAUCAUCCUCAUGGCUGCGAGGGUCAACCUGCCGUAACGACAGGACUGUGGCAAAUGGCACUGCUGCGUGUGGAAUAGCUGUAAUGCCUCUAAAUUCCCUGUAAUUAAUCAAAUGGCAAUUACCACCCUGGAAGCCUGACUUGCAUAGAGCCUGUUGAGGUAAUAUGAUUAUGCUGAGAUGGAGCAGUUAAUGUACCUUCGCCUGAAAGAACUGGAAUGAAUUUAACAUUACACAUGUAUAAAACAUUAGUUUUUACAGUUGUGCUGAGCAUUGAUAUAUAAUUCCAUUAUCAUCUUUCUCCACAGUCUCACACUUCCAUAUCCAUAAUGUAGCUGUAUUUACAUUCUGGUUAAGCAUCGUCACGGCCAUUGUUUUUCGUCUCGGCAGCAGCAGUCGCUUUGUUCUCUAAUGCACGGCGUCCUGUGAUACCUGGACCUCAGGAUGGCGACAAGUCAGAGAUCCCCAUGUUCUGCAGCAUCCCAGGCUGAAAAGAGAGGAGGAUGGCAUCCUUAUUGCCUUCAUCCUUCUCCCACGAGGGCCCUGGAGGCUCUGCUCCCUUGGCACAUGUGGUAAAGCAGAGGGGCUGAAACACAACAAGGAAAACAGCAUGAACUCCCUGCAUCCCUGGUGCCUCUGCUGGAGGUGGUGUGCCUCUGGAACUGCUCGGUUAAAAUUAGAAGUUACAUCCUCAUCAGAGUGAUGGUGCCAAUGGAAGCCACAUCGACACGGGGUUAUUCUGCCCGGCUGGGAUGCCCUGGGCUGAAUGCACACACUGAGCAUGGCUUCUACUUUCCAUCAUGCCCUAGGAAACAAGUCAAGGCUGCGGUUCUGUACUGCCUCGCCAGCAAGCUGCCACCAGGAGGAGGUAAAAACAAAAGCGAAGAGGCCUUGAGGGCCUGGUGAUAGGCUGCGUCUGAAAAACAUGCUUUGGUCAUGCUUUGAAUGCAACUGGUCUCUUCCCCUCCGCUGAUUCUUCACCCUGCACAGGGCUGGUGGUGGCUGUGUGUCUAGAACCGGCUGUGCAGGACGUGCCCUGUGCUGUGGGUCCCAGCAGCACGGCAGCAGCCAGUCCUCUGCAGCUCAGGACCAAGCGGGUGCAAGUUUGGAAAUGGAAUCUCACCUCUGCAGCCUUUGCAUCGUUUGCCAUACUUGUCUGCCUCGAAGUGGGACUGCAGGCUCUUAAGCAGAAACAUCUGCCCUCAAACCAAAAUUCCCUGUGAGCGUUUUCAAGUUUUAAGAAACCCUGUGGUGUUUUUUUGCUUGCUGUUCCUGAUCCCAUCCCGCCUCAAUGUGUUCCUGGCUGCUGCUCCUGUACCAGGAGGUGUCAGGGAGAUGACACGUCCACCCUGAAUCCACAGGGAAAGCCGCCUGUGUCGGUGCUGCGUGGGCUGUGAGCCCAGCUGUCCCAUGGCAUUUUCUGCUGAAAUGUCACUAGAUGGAGCAAUUGACAAAAUAUUUCAUUUCUGCUGCCUUCAGCCCACGUGGCCCUGGGCUCCUGGCCUCAGUGCCUUCCCCUGCAGCAAAAAUAAUCUGUGCUCAGAUGAUGAGAGGCUCGUUCCCCCAAAUGUAUUAAAUUCUGAAUUGCAUUGCCAGCAUCCCACCUGCUGCUGGGCAGUUCUGCGUGCUCAGCCCGGAGCUGUGGUGUUUUUGGGGGUGAGGCACUUUGGGAUGCCUGUGCCUGGAACUCGGAUUUUUGCCUUUCCCAGCACCCAGCUGCUGCCUGUGGAGGCUGGAGGAGCUGAGCCAAGGCACGCCUGCCAGCUGCCCUGAAAUUGAAUUAACAGCACCGAGGUCGGAGUGAGGUGCUCUGCUCUCACUGUGCCCCUUUUUGGGGCCGGGGCCGCCCCUCACCCUGUGCCGCUGGAGGCCACAGCACCGGGAAUGAGCUCAGCUCUAAGAGCAGCCAACUGCAACAUCGACGGCAGCCUGGACAAUGUUAGCGAAGUGCCGUGGUGAUUUCACCCCUUUCCUGCGAGUUAUGGUCCUGAGCCAAUAGCAAGGAAUUGUCUGCAGCAUUACGGUGCGGAUGGAGCCUGUGGCUGGGGAGCUUCCAUUCCUCACGUGUCUUGGGAUUGAUGUCACAGCAGUGCGGGGCACUUUGGCUCCCUACAUUUCUGGAUGCCACCUCACAACCCAAGCAGCAGCCCCUGUGCAUUGGUCCCUGAGCCCUGUGGGGACUCUGGGGCUCCUCGCUCUGUGCAUAGUGACAAGGGACCGAUGACCACGGUGUCCCCGGGACACCUGCUGGGCUCACGUGCACUGGGAUGAAGGCAGUUAUCCCUAAACCAGAAAAAACAGCACGCUGCUGACAGCCAUCCGCUUUUCAGCCCUACUGCAAUCCUGAGGGCUGUGAAGCAACACGGCUCCAGUGGUCACAGAGAUGUUCCACAUGGGACUGUCGGGGUCCCUGCUCCCCCAGAGAGACAUGCUCUAAGUGCCCAUAAGGAGAGCGGAAAAACCUCGAGCAGCUGAGCUCUCACCAUUCUUUCCCUUUGUAGAUAAUCAGCUCCUCAAUGGUGAGCCUGCAACAGUCGUUAGAUUAAUUUCUUUCCUUGCUGUGACUUAAUUGUCUCCAUUUGUAUUGCUCAGAGUUCGUGCUGGGGAUGUAUUUUUGCUUGGCUAUAUUUUGAUUUCCACCAUGAUAUCAAAAUACAGAAAUUCAGGCUGGCUCUGGUGCUCGGUGGCACUGAAAACCCCGCAGAUGAUUUGCCCCAUGGGAGCUGCUCCGAGGGCUGUUUGUAUGAGUUGUGCUGUAUUUUCCAUAGUACCUGGGCUGCUGCUGCUCCGGGAGCAUCUCGCAGGCUGAGCAAUCCCCGGGGAGAUGGUUGGAAGGGAAAGAAGGAACUCUGAGGCCAAGGAAUGAAAAUAAACAUCCAGAGGCUGCGGGGACAGAA